AUGAAUGCAGGCCUGAAUUAUAAUAAUAUACCCUGUGAUUUCUUUUAUUACUGGGUGGGAGAUACAUUCUGGAACAACUUAGGUGGUCAUACAUUGUCAAACCUUUUGGAUAAAAUUUACAGUACGCUGAGUACUCUUUCCUAUGGGACGAAAUGUAACAUUAAAUACGAAGGUACUGACGAAAGAACUGUCAAACAGAGGAAAACCCUAUUCGAUUAUUCUUUCGACUAUAAUACCAUAGAAAAAGAUUUACUUGAGAAAGAUGAUCCUAAUUGUAAUAGUCAUUGGAUAAGUUACCGUCUCAAUGUAUCUACAGUGUGCAAGGCUGUGAAACAAAGUUGUGAGAAAAAAUAUGACAGUGAUGAAUACUGUAAAAAAUUUAAAGCACAGUAUAGGGUAUAUUGUGAUGCAGCGGAAUUCUUAAACUCAUACUGUAAUUCAAAAAUUGAAUUAGCAUCUGCGCGAGCAACUGCAACAGCUGACGCACAAGAAGCAUCCUUGGCAGCAGAGGAAAAGUUACGUUCCACCACUACCACAGCAAGCAUCACGUCUAUCAUCACCACACUAGCAGCAACGGUAGUUCCUUUCCUACUAUAUAAGUAUAAACCAUGGUCUUCUUGGUUUAGUAAGCACACUUCUGGAAAUGGAGGAAGAAGUAAUAGAAGAAGAAGAUCAAUCGGGGGUGACAUUGAUACUCUAACAGAAAACGAUUCAAGGUACGAUUCAACGGACACUUCCACAAUAGGUCCAACAGAAAAUUCCACCCUGGGCCCUGGUGCAUACAACACAAGACAGAUCAGUGGAAGAAGAAAUAAUAACGCGGGGGGUCGUGGGAUGGUAGGUUAUCAUAACAUGUAA